GUCGUGUUCAGUUGCAAUUCUGACACCGGCUAGGACGGUCGCUUUCUAGCGGCGCCGUCUGUAGCCGACACGUAGUGACUCAUUUCCAGAGUGCAACCGCAACAUGGCCACCGCCACUAAAGUCUCCGACACCCUCAUGGUGAGCGAGCUGCUCGCCUUCGUGCAGAGCAAGCUGGACACGAUGGACGUGGUCAGCCUGGAGCAGAUCUGCGUCACCAGCUUCAAGGAGGCUGAGUUUGCCGCCGCAAAGAAGCUGCUCGCCGAAACCGCCACCACCGCCGUGCGCCUCGUGCCGCGCCGCGGCGACGGAUGUGGCAAGAAAGAUCUUCAGGAUAUCAUCCGGGUCUUUCAGGAAACGGAUCCGGAUAAUAUCCCUACGUUCGUGGCUCGUGACCUUUACAAGCUGCCGCCGGUGACAUUCGAUCAUGUGGAUGUAACCCGGCUGCUAAAGGACAUCAUCUUGUUAAAGGCCGAAAUAGCUGAAAUUAGAGGCAAGUUGGAAGCCUCAGAACGUGCCAGCGCGAUGCAACGUGAGUCUCCGUCGCCGCGUAAUGCUGACUCUGCGAUGACCGCGUCGCCGCCUGCGCGUCAAGUGCAAGCGCAGCGGGAUCGAGUAACUGCAACUGACACCGAUUCGCGGCAGGCAAAUGACCCGCCGCCUGCGACCUACGCCGAGCGAACACGUGACACCGCGUGCCCGCUGCGAGCCGCCGCCCCCGCGCCGCCGCGCCCCGCUGCUGCUGCACCCUCCACCACCAGGAGCCAGCAGGAGGCCGCACCCGCGCCCCCCCGCCCUUGCCCCCGCCCCCGCCGCCGCCGUCGAGCUGCGCCGCUUGCUGCACCCCAGGUGACGCUAGCGGCUGCCGGAGCUCCGGCGGCGCCCCCCCGUGCCCCGCGCAACACGAUUGCCGACAAGGAUGGCUUCAUCUUGGUGGAGAAGAGGAGCCCCCGUCGCCGCAACCGCAACAAGCGCGGCACCGCCCCGGCCGCCUGCUCGCUGAAGGCCGCCACGCCCACGGUCGACAUCUAUGUCUCCCGCGUCCAUGCGAAUAUGGCGCAUGAUAACAUCGUGCGCUAUAUUAAGGAGAGGAGUGUCGGCCGCACCGAACAGCCAGUCCAGGUGCUGGCGAUCGAGAGGCUGCAGUCCGCCAAGCAGACGGACUUCAAGUCGUUCCGUAUUCGGAUUCCCGCGGCCCAGCAGAAGGUUCUGCUGGAUAAAAACUUCUGGCCUGCGGGGAUAGUGUUCCGCCGAUACAGGGAGGCCAAACAGACUAUUAAACCCCCUGAUAAUAGUGCUAGAGUUUAGUUAGUUUUAGUUUUUAUAAGUUUCUAGAGUAUAUAUUAAUAUUGUUUGAUUUAUUUUAAAAUAUAUUUGUGUAUUUUAUACUAUGGGCCAUUGAUGCCUGAAAUAAAUGGAUAUUAUUAUUA